AUGGCUGGAAUCGUAAACAAGAUCAAGGCCAAGGUCGAUGAUAUGACCCACAAGAACGAUGAUACCACCCACACUGGCACCACUGGUGUUGGCCACACUGGUACUACUGGUACUACACACGGCACCACUGGCUCAGGCUUGACUGGCUCUUCCACCACACACGGCACCACUGGUUCAUCAGGACUUGGCCACAGUGAUCCCACAGGUCCUCACGACUCCCACAUGGCCAACAAGGCCGACCCCCGUGUCGACUCAGACCGCUAUGGCGUAGCUGGCAACACCUCUGGUGCGGGCGGUGUUGGCACUGGUCAGUAUGGUCAGACUCACGGCACCACUGGCAGCGGUCUCACGGGUCACGGUACCGCUGGCGGUUUGACUGGCUCCAACACCCAUGGAACCACGGGAGCGCUUGGCUCAAGCAACCGCAGCGACCCCACCGGCCCUCAUGACAGCAAGAUGGCCAACAAGCUUGACCCCCGCGUCGACUCUGACCAGUACGGCACAGCUGGUAACACUACCGGAGCUGGAGGCUACAGCAGCACAGGUCAGUAUGGUACCACUGGAACCGGUAGCGGUUUGACUGGCCACUCCACCACUGGUCACGGCACAUCUGGAAUUGGCUCAACUGCCCACGGUACAACGGGUCUUGGCUCAACUGCCCACGGUACAACGGGUCUUGGCUCAGCUACCCAUGGUACAGCGGGUCUUGGUUCUACCGGCCACACGACUGGUGGUAUUGGCUCCACUGGUCACUCUGACCCCACUGGUCCUCACGACUCCCACAUGGCCAACAAGGCUGACCCUCGUGUCGACUCCGACCGCUACGGCGUAGCAGGCAACACCUCGGGUGCCGGCGGCGUUGGUGCUGGACAAUACACUGAAGGCUACGGCACCCACACAGCCGGCGGACUUUCAGGAACCAGUGGAGGACUUGGUACUGGCCACGCUGUUCAUGGCAGCAAUGUUGGAGGUGUGACGCACGAUACUGUUGGUACGCACGGUACUCACGGCACCCACGGCACCACUCAGGACAAGCCCAGCCUCAAGGACAAGCUCAACCCCAAGGUUGAUGCUGAUGGCGAUGGCAAAGCUGGCUUCAUGAAAUAG